GUCAGUAAUGUAUUUUGCUCGAACUUGUUCAAAAUAUUAUACAUUUUGAUUUACACGAAAUCACAGUUUUCUUGCCAUUCAGCAGCUAUUCAGUUUCAGUUACGUUUGUGUAGCCAUACUUUAAGAUAAUUAGUUUUUUGAGUUUCGCGCGGAAUGAAUCUGAUUAACUUCAAUCAUUACCAGGACUAUGUGGACAGCUUCAUAACCAUCCAGGAUAUUCGCUAUUUGGGCAACAAAGAGAUCCAGAGGAACCUGAUCCAGAAUGCCUGCGGGAAGAAUUGCCUGGGGAAUCUGCUCACCCGAGAGCAAUUCUACCAGCGCAAGGAGAAGGAGCUGGUGCUUCUGAAGCCAAGGGGACUACGAGGACUCCAACUUUUCGGGGACUACUUGAACAACAAAGAUGAGGUGCUUCAACAGUUUGCCAAUCGGGAGAAGAAGCUGCUCGAAAAGCACAUUUCGACCGUCGUCUACCUGGUGAUGCGCUCGAAGAAGGGGCUAGAGAUCUCCAGCUUCAUGGACUUGGAGCAGAGUCUGCGGGAGUCCAGAUUCGAGAAUUUUACGGGCUGCGUAGACUGGCGUGGCAUUUUUGAGGGCAGGACGAAGCUGAGGCCAUCGAAUACGCAUCUCAGCUACUUCGACUGGCACCAGAAUCGUGUGACCUUCAACAACAGCGACAACUUCCGGGUGCAGAACAAGAGGGCCCACAGUCUGCUGCUAAAGCACGUGGGGGAUCACAAAAUAUUCUGUGUGAACGCCUCCUGCGACUGCGAGCACUCGAAAAGUGUCAGCCGCAAAACGUAUUUCUCGCCCAUUUAUGGAUAUGUCAUAUUCUUCGACCACAUAAUCAGGCGCAUUAAUUAGCGACGGCUUUAAAGUGUCAAUGAACGUAAUCGUGGUUAAAUGAAAUGUGCAAAUAAAUCGAAACGAGGGCGCAUUUGUCGCUGACAGCCAACGUAAAUUGCUU